AUGAGAGUGUCCUCUGCAUUGCUUCAAAAGGCUGCCAAAACUGUGGACAAGUACUCCUUGUACGUACCAAAGUCCGGCGUAUUUCCCAAAGGAUUCAAAGUCGCUUCUUUGGCCUCCGGCGUCAAGAAAAAUGGUAACAGGGACCUGGGAAUUAUUCUAAAUACCAAUAAAUCUCGGCCAUCUAAUGCUGCUGCCGUUUUUACCACUAACAGGUUCAAGGCUGCGCCAGUGUUGGUGUCGAAACAAGUGCUCGACGGCAGCAGCGGUGAAGGUGUGAACGCCAUUGUGGCCAACUCCGGUUGCGCCAACGCCGUUACUGGUGAACUUGGUAUGCAAGAUGCUCAAAAGGUUGCGGGGCAGGUCAAUGCCCACAUUGGCAAAGAAAACAGCACAUUGGUGAUGUCCACCGGUGUCAUUGGACAAAGAUUACAGAUGGACAAAAUCUCAAAGGGUAUCAACACUUUGUUCGAUCAAAAGCAGUUUGGAAGCGAUUUCAACUCGUGGCUGAACCUUGCAAAAUCUAUCUGUACUACUGACACUUUCCCUAAGCUGAUUUCCUCGAAAUUCCAGCUAUCAGAUGGCACCGAAUAUACCUUGACGGGUAUAUCUAAAGGUGCGGGUAUGAUUUGUCCAAACAUGGCAACUUUGUUGGGUUUCAUCGUUACAGAUCUGCCUAUUAAAGCUUCAACUCUUCAAGCAAUGCUCACUGCCGCGGUCAAUCGCUCUUUCAAUUGCAUAUCUGUUGACGGUGAUAUGAGUACGAACGACACUAUUUGCAUGCUUGCGAACGGUGCCGUUGAUACUUUUGUCAUUGACGAAGCGUCCCCUGAUUUCGAACAAGUUAAAAGUCAAGUGACGGAAUUCGCAAAGCAACUGGCCCAACUGGUGGUUCGUGAUGGUGAAGGCGCUACCAAGUUUGUCACGGUAAAUGUCAAGAACAGCGCUAAUUUCAAAGACGCGAGAAUAAUUGCAGAGACUAUUUCCAAUAGUAUGCUGGUCAAGAGUGCUCUCUACGGACAGGACGCAAAUUGGGGUAGGAUCUUGUGUGCCAUUGGAUACUCUAAAUUGGAGAACCUAGCGUCAUUAGAUGAGUCAAAGAUCAACGUUAGUUUUAUUGCCACUGACAAUUCGAGUCCCCGUGAGCUCAAGCUUAUAGCUAACGGCGUCCCACAGUUCGACAUUGACGAAAAUAGAGCCUCGGAGAUUUUGGCCUUACCUGACCUCGAAAUUUUGGUGGACAUGGGAACAGGCUCCGAGGAAUGCCAAUUCUGGACCUGUGACCUAAGUCACGAAUACGUGACCAUCAAUGGUGACUACCGUUCUUAA